AUGACUACAAAUACCAUACUCCCAUCUUUUCGGGUUGCUGGGAGUCGUCCAGACGUUUGGACUAUGGUAAACCAGGCAACAGCAGAAUGUAAAGUGCCUCCAGUUUCCCUGAGUCAAGGAUUUUUUAACUAUAAUCCACCCAAGUUUGUCUUGGACGCUGCUAAGAAAUGUAUUGAUGAUGUAUCUUGCAAUCAAUAUUCCCACACUCGUGGCCGUAUUAAUCUUCGAAAUGCCCUGUCAAAAGCUUAUUCUCCCUUAUUUAAUCGUAAGCUAAAUCCAGAGACGGAAAUUGUUGUCACAGCUGGUGCAAACGAAGGAUUUUACAGCGUUUUUGCAGCCUACUUAAAUCCAGGUGAUGAAGUGAUUUUAAUGGAACCUUUCUUUGACCAAUAUGUAUCCAAUGUUCAAAUGAAUGGCGGUGUUCCUGUAUAUGUACCCAUGAUUCCACCCAAGGAAGGAGCCGAGCGCCCUGUAUCAGCCAAGGAAUGGAAGCUCGACAUGAAUAGGUUGCGUGCUGCAAUCACAGACAAGACAAAAAUGAUUGUCAUCAAUACUCCCCAUAAUCCUCUUGGAAAAGUCUUUUCUGAAGAAGAGCUGAACGAAAUUGCAGACAUUGUACUGGAACACAAUUUGCUCGUUGUCUCAGAUGAAGUCUAUGAUCGUCUUUUUUACACCCCUUUUGUCCGCCUUGCUACCCUUCGUCCAGAACUAUUUCGCCAUGUUAUCACGGUUGGCUCUGGCGGUAAAACAUUUGGAUGCACUGGCUGGAGAGUUGGCUGGAUCAUUGGAGAUGAGAGCAUUAUAAAUCAUUCUGCUGCUGCCCAUACGCGGAUCUGCUUUUGCGUCAACAGUCCAUUACAAGAGGCCACAGCGAUUGCCUUUGAGGAAGCUGACAAGGUGGGCUACUGGGAUGAUUACAUUUCGUCGUAUAAAAAGAGGUUCUCCAUUUUGGCAAAGGCCUUUGAUCAACUUGGCAUUCCUUAUACAAUCCCUGAUGGUAGCUAUUAUGUGAUGGCCAACUUUGCCAAUGUAAAGAUGCCUGAAAACUAUCCUUUCCCAGAACACAUCCUGUCACGUCCUCGAGAUUUUCGUUUAUGCUUUUGGAUGCUGAAAGAAAUCGGUGUCGCAACCAUCCCCCCUACCGAGUUUUACACAGAUGAAGAUGCCUCUAUGGCCCAAGAUUACCUUCGGUUUUCUUUUUGCAAAACUUACGAAACCCUAGAAGAAGGUGCUGAACGUUUACAGAAGCUAAAUCAUUUCAUUUAG